AUGUUGAAUGGUGGAAAAUGGAUGCGUCAAAGGUUGAUUAUAUUCGAACGUGUCAGCAGUAUCAAAAUAUGGUGCCAGCCAAGGGGGCAGGCCCGUGGGCCCUGGAUCAAGGGUGUGCCGCUACCCCUGCCGGUUUGGGCCCAUUAUGAGUCACCAGCCCUGACCGUGCCAACGGUCGAACAGUACGAGGAACUAGCAGGCAGCGUUGAAUUAGAAACGCAACACUUACUGCGUGAGCAUCGCUAUGAUACCAUCGGCAACUUUCUUAAGUUUUACAAAGACUAUGUUGCAAGUGGUGAAAGCGUGUUGGACAGAUUUUAUCGGAAAUAUCAACCGCUCAUAACUCAAGAACAUCAUACUUGCGUGGGCUUGGGAUUUGAGUUACUACAUCGGUUAAGAGGUUUAAAUGAAAGAUUUCCCGGUAUAGCAAGCGGCCUCUAUUUGGUGUCCUGUGAGGAGACUAUUGGCAACAUUGCUAGUUAUGUUGGUGGACCACCCGCUGCAGACAGCGGUGAAAAAGAACAUGUACUAGUGUGCCUGAAGAUUGAUAUUAACGGGCGACGAGGUGUAAUGCUUCUUGAUCCUGGAUAUCAUGUAGCCCGAGUUAUUACUGUAAUGGAAGAUAAGUUAUACCCACAUACAGGCUGGUUCGUUCAGUCAGAUGAACAAGAUUGUAAGAAAGAGUACAACUACUUUCUAUGUGCUAAUGAUCUUGAUUAUGUCGAAUGGCAUGAGAGAAAAACUCAACCCAAUGCCUUGGAAAGAACACAAGUUGCUCUAAUAUACGUGGCGAGACCAUAUUUAACUGCUAUCGAUGUUACGGAACGUAGAAAUUUGGUUUAUAACUUCAGAAGUCUCCUUGCAAGAGAUACGAAAGGUCACGUCACUGCCGGCAUAUAUUUCCCUGUUACACUAGACAUGAACAAUGCACAGACUUUUACAAUUUUUUAUCAAACCAGCAAUGGUAAAAAAAGGAUCAAAAUGGCGUUCAGCAAAUUCUGUAGUUCACCGAAGAUUGAUCCUGAUGCAGAGGAAAAAGAAAUCAUUGGAGAGUGUGCUCGACAGUUAAGUUUGCCGCAAGAAACAUUGGAAGAUCAACUUUCCGCUCUUGCUGUGGUCAUGAGUGAUUCAGCCUUUGUGGCUGAAUUACUGGCUAUUAACACCAGAAUCAACACUUUAGCAGAGGACAAUUAACAGAUGUCAAUCCACCCUGAGUGGUGCGAACGGGAUAAAAUAUAUCGUUAUUUUGC